UAUGAUAAUAGUAUCACGAAGAAAUUAAUAUUAUAUUUAUCAGUGGUCAGAUAUCUUGCUAAAAUGUCUAAUUAAUAGAGCUGAUAGAAAAAGAUAACUAGAAAUAUUGCCGUUAAGUAAGAGCGGGUAGAAUUUGUGACAAAAUUAAAUUAUGUGUGGACGAACUGCUUUAUCACUUGACAAAGACCAAGUCCGGUGUGCUUGUGGCUACAAAGAGAAAAAUGGAAAUUCAUUUACAAAGCCUGAUUGGAUACAUGAACACAAUGAUGGAAAAGAAUAUGCUCCCUCUUAUAACAUUGCUCCAACUGAUGUUACACCUGUUUUGAUUGCGGCCAGAGGAGAUAAGGGUUGUGUUAAAACAAGUAGAAUUCUGAAGCCCAUGAUGUGGGGAAUAAUUCCUCCAUGGCACAAAGGUGACUAUAAAAGUCAUAAGCUCAGCACAAAUAACUGCCGCAUUGAGACUAUUAAAACUUCAAAGUUGUACAAUCCAAUAUUGACUAGUGGAGGUAGAUGUGUCAUUGUGGCAGAAGGAUUUUAUGAAUGGCAAACUACUAUUAAGAGUAAAGCAAAGCAACCAUUUUACAUAUAUGCACCACAAGAUGACAAUAUUCAGGUUGAUGAUCCAGAAACUUGGAACAAUAAAUUUAACGAGGUUGAUGGUUGGAAAGGAAUUAAACUGCUACAUAUGGCUGGGCUGUACCAUGUGUGGCGAAAUGAAAGCACAAUAAUAUACUCUUAUUCUGUGAUAACAAUGGAAUCAAACAGUACAUUAAAUUGGCUUCAUCAUAGAAUGCCUGCUAUUUUAGAUAACCAAGAACAAAUAGAUGCAUGGCUUGACAUUGAAAGUGUAAAUUCUAACCUGGCCCUCUCUUACCUGAGACCUGUUAAAAUUUUGUCUUGGCAUCAAGUAUCCACAGAAGUCAAUAAUUCCAGGAAUAAAUCAUCUGAAUGCAAUAAAAGAGUAACAUGUAAAAAUAAAUCCACACAAAAAAAUUUAACUGCAUUUUUUGCUAAAAGUGAAAAACGGAAAUCAAGUGAAGACUCUUUAUUGAAUAAGGAAUGUAAAAAAGUAAAACACUAAAGUUAUGUUAUCAUUUAUUUGAGGAAAUGUUGAACAUCAAACUAAUCAAUUUCUUGGAUGAUUAAUUUAAAUAUUUACAUGUGUCACUAGUACUGGUUCAAAUACGAAAUUUCCAUAUUUGAUUGAUGUUAAAUAAAAAAUACAUAUUAAA